AGCUUUCGGUGCUAACGCCGAGACGGUUGAUCUCCGUAAGUAUGACGAGCGGAUGCCAUAUUCGUACUGAGCCACACUCACCCACCGAUUGGUCCUCCUGCUCUGUGUGUCCGUAUUUUAGCGGAGUACCUGCACGUCUGCCACCGCGAAGAUCCCAAGCUGACCGAAUGUAUGAAGGAAUCGAUCGAAACGCUUCGACCGUACCUGGCCCGAGGCAUCCCCGAGCUAGACAUUCCCUCGAUCGAUCCGAUCCAUCUGGGCGAUUUGAUCGUGGCGGAGAGUGUGCCCGGCCAGGGCGUCAGUAUCUCGGCGAAGGACAUCAAGGCGUACGGUCCGUCGAACUUUAAGCUAAAAAAGCUCACUGUUGUCGAGUAUGGCAAGAUCUACUCGUUUGAGCUGGAGCUGCCACAUCUGUACGUCGAGGGCCGGUACGUUGUGGAUGGCAGAAUUUUGCUGCUGCCUGUGAAAGGUUCGGGCAAAUUUACUGGAAACUUUACUCAAGGUAUCGGCAGCGUACGUAUCAAGGGUGAUCGGAAGCGCAUUAAUGGCAAGGAUCAUCUCUCGCUCGCAAAGCUCGACAUCAAAAUCCGAGUCUCCGAUGGACGGAUAAAGCUGGAGAACCUUUUCGGUGGUGACCGUGUACUAGGUGAAAUCAUCAACGAAACCAUCAAUCAGAACUUUAAUCUGCUCAGCACCGAGCUCAUUCCGCUGAUCGAGAAAGCCCUGCAGAGGAUAUUCAAGCGGACGGGCAAUAAAAUUCUCGAACGCUUCCCCGAGGAGAUUGUGCAAGUACUGGACCGCGUGCAGCCGGGCCCCGCAAUGGAUCGUUCUGGAAGUGCAUGUGGUCGUUCUGACCGAGGCCAUUCGAGGGUGACACGGUUACGUUGCAACAUGGCCAUCGGUUUGGCGACGAUUGCCGUGUUCGGGGUGCUGUUGCCGGUGGUUUUCCACGUGGCUGAAGCGAAGGAGAUCGUGAUUAGGAAUAAGGACGUGCCGCAGUUACAAGAGAAGCCUGAGUGGCUGCGAGUGUGCAAGCGAGCUAAUCCGAACGAAGACGACUGCUUCAAGAAAAUGUUCGAAGGAACCUUCCCCUACAUCGCUAAGGGAAUUCCGGAAAUCGGUGUCCAACCGUUCGACCCACUCCGGAUAGAAUCCAUCCAGGUGUCGCGUGGUUCCGGUGGUCUUACGCUCAGCGGAGGCUUCAAGAAGCUUAGCAUCAAAGGGCCAUCCAACACGACCGUUCGUCGGGCGUUUCUCGACUUCGACAAGCACGCGCUGAGCUUCGAGCUCGAGAUCCCGAAGCUGCGCAUCGAUGCCAGCUACAACCUGAAGGGAAACGUUCUGCUGCUGCCACUGGUUGGCGACGGGGACGUCACGAUGUCGCUCAAGAACGUCAAAACAACGGUCGUGACCAAGUUUGCCGUGCGUCCACUACCGGAAGAUGCAAUCUUCAUCGAGGAAAUGAAAGUGACCUUCCUUGUUGGUGGCAUGCGCAUACAUCUGGACAACCUGUUUCAAGGGAAUCAAGUGCUGGGGGCAUCGCUGAACCUGUUCCUCAACCAGAACGCGAACGAAGUCAUCGCGGAGCUGCGGUCGGACCUAGAGAACGGGCUGGCCGACAUAUUUACCGGGCUCUGGAACGAGUUGUUCAAUAAGCUACCGUUGAAGCUAUGGAUCGCUUAACUCCAAGGACACCCGUUGGAGGAGGUCCUGUUGUAAAUAGUAGACGAUAAUUUACUCGCGCAAGCACUCUGCUCAUUUUCUUUAGUGUAAGCGUAAUGACAGCUACAGAGAUAAUGCGUGAACGUUCAAAAAUAGUGAUGUUAGUAUAGGAAUUGCUCACAAUACAGUAACCUUAUAGAUAAGAAAGUGUUGUAAAUACGAACGAGUAAAAUAAAUUAAUACCAGGAUAUGUGUGUUUCAUUGGUAAAUAAAUCGUUGUUGAAUACUUCG